AUGACUACAUUCGCAUAUCCCACACCCUGGGUGAGGUUGUCCGGGAUCGUGUUCAUGCCGCUUACAACCAGCAUGUCCUUCCUCUCAAGUUAUUUAAAACUGCGAGCAAACAAAACUCUCGCCAGCCAACAGACUGUUCAGAAGCAUCGAAAGAUGAGAAAAGUGUCACAACGCGGCGAGGUGCAUUCGAAACAGCUGUUCAAAGAUCCAUUGAUAGAAGGUGUUCGCUGGGUAGAACGAUAUGCUUCGACAAUUGACAAAUUUUGGAGUACUCUGCCAGUGUACAUUAGGAAUACCUUGGCAACGAUGGCAGUGUUUUUGAUGGCAUCCAGCAUAAAAGGUGAUUGGAUUGCGAUUACGGUACAUUUGGUCAAGCAAAUCCAAGGGGCAGACGGAGAUCGGGCGUUAGACGAUAACGUUAUCCGAGAGAAUGCAACGGUAGCCGGCACCAAAUUUGAUGAUGUACUCGAGUAUCUGAACCUGAAAGGUUUGCCUCAUUACUUGACCUUAGCAAUCACGGGUUCGUUCAUAAUCUAUUUCGGAGCCGGUGGGUUCAUUCACUGGUAUUAUUAUGUCAACAAACGUGAUCGACCCCAUGAAUGGAAAUGUCAGCCAGAGAAGUUCUUGUCACCUGAACUUGAGCUUCAUGAAAUUUUUGUUGGAGGAUUUUCAAUGAUGAUAAUGAGCUGUCUGAGCGGAAUAUUGUCAUGCUAUGCCAUGAACAACGGAAGGCUAUUAACACUGUAUUACCGUUGGGACGAAUAUGGCUGGUGGUGGCUGUUUGGUCAAAUCAUUGUGAUAUUCGUGUAUCAGGAUUACCUCACAUACUGGCUGCAUCGCAUCUACCAUUGGCCUUGGUUAUACAAGAACUUCCACAAACUACAUCACACUUACAAGCAACCAACUGCUUUCUCAGUUACUGCAAUUCACCCGGUCGAGAUUUUGCAUGUACAGUUAACGAUGCUGCUGCCUAUUUUCGUCAUCCCAACACAUUGGGCGGCAUUCUACUUCGUCGAAGUUUACACCUACGCUCAUGGCAUCUUGAACCACAGUGGGGUGAACAUAAAAUCCUAUUGGUGGCAGCCGUGGCAACCGGACACAAUGUUCCACGACAACCACCAUCAGUACUUCCACGUGAACUUUGGUUUCAACAUUGGCCUGUGGGACGUUUUACAUGGCACCUAUCGACGGAAGGAUCGCGUCUAUUCUGAGGAGAUUUUUGGCGGAAGAGGAAAAACCUUCAAGGAGGUUAGCCAGUCAGAGCUUGAGAAAGACAUUGCUGAACGGAAGCUGGAGAAUCCAAAAGCAUUCAGAAAUAAUGUGCACGAGUACGAUCUCGACGAAAGGGAAAUUGAUGAUCUGAUGAAGAAAUCCAGAAAAGCUUAAGCAUACGUAGAAAUAAAUGGAAUGUAUUACCUAGCACUGAUAUGAUUAA